GAUCUUCGACACCUUUCUUACCCAGGAACCAUCGAUAAGCACCAUUCAAGAUACUGGAAGCUUCUCACCAUGGCGAUGGAUCCCGAUACCAUUCCCAACCUCCUCGCGGAUCAGCGAGAUCAGGCAGCGGACGAGCUCCAAUCCUACUUCCUUGACUUCGAAGAUUACUGGGAGCGAAAGCUAUGGCACGAGCUUACAGACAAGCUGUUGGAAUACUUCGAGAUUUCUGAGAGUGCAAAGCAACGGAUACCGCUUUUCGAGACAUUCAUCAAGAGUUUUGCAAACAAGAUCAACCAACUUAAGCUUGUCAAGCUUGGGCUGAGCGCCGCCACACAGUACUCAGAUGAUGAGGAACGCCUCAGCUUCGUCACAUCGCUCGCAAAGAGCGUCAACAAACCCGCCUCACAAGACGCAUAUGUUUACGCGACCGUUGCCUCUGCAAGCAUACAACUACGGUUAGAAGAUUACGAUGGAGCGCGAAAGAAGCUGGACGAAAGUGAACAAAUCUUGGAAGGCUUCGACUCAGUGGAGAGCAUCGUUCAUGCGGCUUUCUACCGCGCAAACGCAGAGUACUACAAGGUCAACCAUGAGUUUGCAUCAUAUUACAAGAAUGCCCUCCGCUUCCUUGCAUGCAUCGACCUCGACGAUCUCGACUUGCGUGAGCGUCAGUCCCGAGCUUAUGAUCUUAGCAUUGCUGCUCUAGUCUCUGAUUCCAUCUACAAUUUCGGAGAGCUUCUGCUGCACCCCAUCCUCGAUUCUCUCGUUAACACUCCCCACGCGUGGUUGCGAGAACUACUGUUCGCCUUUAACCGCGGCGAUCUUCGCGCUUACGAUGUUCUAGCUGGCAACAUCUCCAAGGUUCCACUCCUCAAAGAACACCAGACCUUCCUCUACCAGAAGAUCUCACUCUCCGCAUUGACCGAGACCGUUUUCCGUCGCCCACCUCACGAUCGCGCCAUGACAUUCACCACAAUUUCUGAAGAGACCAAGGUGCAGCCCAAUGAGAUCGAGCACUUGAUUAUGAAGGCUUUGAGCUUGGGCUUGUUGAGAGGCACAAUCGAUCAAGUUGCGGAGGUUGCACGAAUCAACUGGGUGCAGCCAAAGGUUCUGGACAUGAAGCAGAUUGAGAGCAUGAGGGGCCGGUUGCGAGAAUGGGAUUCGAGCGUCAACCAGCUCGGUAAUUGGAUCGAGGGUGUGGGCAAGGAUGUGUGGGCUGCAUAGAGAUUCAAAGUUAGGCACCAUUUUGUGGAUGGAGCUUGUGUCAGAGGUUCUCUUCUUAUGCAGACUCUAAAUAUGGAAAAGACCAGCCUUCGUGGUGCAAUCACGGGUCACCUCAAGCAAGAACUCAAGAGUACGAAUGAAGCUGCAUGUAUUCAUAGAAUUGGCGUCACUCCUGAAAUAGAUAGGUAGACAAGUCAAGUAUGAUCAUGACAUCAAAUGAACGAAUUCACACAAAAUAUCAG